AGCACCAUCGCCUCUGGGUGGCAAUGUUCCAAUGUGUUUGAUACUCUCUGACAGUUCUCUGAUCCUUCCAGAUCUCUACGGUGGUGAGCGCCACGUGCCCACGAGUGUUAUGCAUCUAUAAGCGAAGUUGUGUUUACUUGUUAUUAGCAAACAAGUUAUUUCUUUCUGUAUUUCGGAUUCUGAAGGUUAUUGUGAAGAAUGACCAAGAUUAGGAAGCAGAAACGCAAGAAGAGGUUUCGUUACCCUUCCUCUAAAAAUCUUAAGCGGAAGAAGGUUAUGAGAGAUGCUAACAAACACACCAAAUUCUUUCCAUGUAAGGAAAUGAAAAACGAUUGGGAAUCAAAUAAAUCUGUAAUAACAAAUAUGGAAGAAAUGGGUCUUGUGUAUGAUGUAAAUAAAGCUCUUGGAAUACCUUCCAAUAAACAAGCAGCACUGGAAUCUACAACAUCUGGAAAAAAGAAGAAGAAGAAAUUGCUUCCUAGAAAAGCUCAUGUGGUUCAGAAAUUAGAAGAGAAUGCAAAUGCCCCACGUGUUGGUAAAUUUCGACUGCCUGAAGGGCAAGUGAGAUGGUUGUCAUAUUUAAUUACAAAAUAUGGUGAAGAUUACAAGGCCAUGUCCCGUGAUCCAAAGAAUCAUUAUGCUGAAACAUGGAAACAAAUAAGAGCAAAAAUUAACACUUUUAAGAAAAUACCAGAACAGUAUGAUGUAUUUUUGAAGUCUCAAGAAAAUCAUGCCAUGGAUACUAGCACUGAAAACUGAAAAACUUGUAAACAGUGGUUUAAUAUUUGAUAUUUAUGAUAUGGACAUUUGAAUUUUUGUGCAGUGUUACAGUCUUGAAUGUGGGUGCUAAGUUGUCUUCAUUUGAAUUGAUUGGAUUUGUUACAAAAAAAAAGAUUAAUUAAAGGACUUGCUGUAAUUACAGAACUACCUCUAUCUUGUGUGGUAAACCCUCUUCUUCAUUGUUUUUCAUUUUAAACCUUCGGUGGUCACAGUCAAAACUGGAACGCGAGUGGUUACAAGGUUUACAAUUGCAAUCCAUUUUUAAAAAAUUAUUAAGAACAACAUAUUACGAACAAGUAGUUCUUUAGUUCAAAUAUAGAUGAGUAAUGGGAUCUAUAACACUGACCAGUUACUAAAUGCUAUUAAAUUUAUUUGAACAUUGAUGUAAUGCAAAUUCUACAAAAUGUUACACAAAAUUGCAUGUUUAAUGCAUGUAAACAAAUAUAUGUAAGUAGAUGUUUGUGUUUGAAGUCUUGUGUUCUAUGUUUUCUGCUGUGAUAAAUGUGAUUUUGUGUUAUACUUUGCAUUAUGAUUAUUAAAUAAAGCAGAGAUUGUCAAAAGUGUUGAA